AUGAGGGACGAGGAGGAGGCGAUCGCUGCGGCGGUGGUGUCGGAGCUGUCGUUCCCGGUGGUUCUGCUCGACAGAGAUCAAGAGAUCAAUGUCGGCCGGGUGGUGCUCCUCCCUUCCAUGAAUUUCAAGGCCUUCAAAUCGAUCAUCAGCAACCGAAUCGGGCUCGCCUUUCACCAAUUCUCCGUCCACGUGGGCGACAGGCAUCGCCGCGGGUUCCGAAUCCCGGUCACGGAGAAGACGAACUUCUCCACAGUCAUGCGGAACAAGGGGUAUUUCUUCCUGGUGCUCCUGAAGCGAUCCAGGCGCGAACGGAGGCGGAGGAGCCCCGCGGCGGUGCGGACAACAGCGGAGAGCCACCGCCGCCGCCGCUUCCAUCUGCCGGGGAACGUGAUGCUACUGAGGCGAGGCACGGACGGGUACGGGUUUCCUUGGGAGCUGGAUUUGGGGCUGUCCGGGUACGAGAGGCGGAUGAAGGAGCUGCAAGUGGAGAAGGAGAGGUACCUGAUGAACGUGGGAUUGCUCUCCCGUCUGGGACUGGAAUCGCUGAGCCUGGACUCGGGGGACAGAUCGCCGAUGAGCGAGGGCCGAGGCGAAGGCGUGGUUUGUGGAGAGUGUUCCAGGGGUGGAGACCCGGAGUUCCACUGGUGUGUGCAUGAUCCGGUUACGGUGGGUUUCAGGUCGCCGGCGGGUCCAAUCUCUCGACCGGCCGGAGGAGCUGGGAUAAGCUGCUGGGUAAGGCGAAGUAAACAUUUUUCCAUCUUUUAG